GCGGGAUGGAUGAGAGCAAACCCCUGAAGGUCCGGCUGACGUUCUUCGUCAUCCUGGUGGGCAUCUCGCUGCUGUUUGCGGCUGUAGUGACGGAUCACUGGGCUGUGCUGAGCCCCAAAGUGGACAACUACAACACCACCUGCGAAGCGGCUCAUUUUGGGCUAUGGAGGCUCUGUACAAAGAGGAUUUUUAUGCACAAUCAAGACCUCAAAGAGAAGGCCUGCGGGCCAAUCAGCCUGCCAGGAGAACACAACUGCUCCUACUUCAAGCACUUCACUCCAGGACAGAGCUCAGAGAUAUUUGAAGUAACCACUCAGAAAGAGUACAGCAUUUCAGCUGCAGCCAUUGCCAUCUUCAGCGUUGGCUUUGCAAUCAUCGGCACAAUCUGCGUCCUCUUAUCCUUCAGGAAGAAGAGGGACUAUCUGCUGAAGCCAGCAUCAAUGUUCUACACCUUCGCAGGUCUCUGCAUCAUCAUCUCUGUUGAAGUCAUGAGGCAAUCCGUGAAGAGGAUGAUUGACAGCAAGGAGACACUCUGGAUCGAGUACAGUUACUCCUGGUCCUUCGCCUGUGCCUGUUCCUCCUUCGUCCUGCUGUUCAUCUGUGGCAUUGCCCUCCUCCUCAUCGCGCUGCCUCGGUUCCCCCAGAACCCCUGGGAGACCUGCAUGGAUGCAGAACCGGAGCACUGAUGUUCCCAGCACCCAUAGGAAAAUACAGAAAGUGUGAAAAGAUUUGUAUUUUUUAACGUAUCUGGGGCUCACUGUGCAAUGUGGGCUCCAGUAACCAGGUCAUAACUGAACCAAGGCAUGGUCAAUGUAAUUAUUGCUUUGUUUCCUUCUUUCCCCCCAACCC